AUGGCUCGGCCGUCGCCUUCUCCGCACAAACCAAGGCGAAAGGCCAAGCAGGCCGCCAAUGCGACGAGCAACCUCAUAAAUGUCAGCUUGGUCGAAUCCCAUGGGGCUCGCGCGCCUGCGUUUCCUCUCGCUGCAUUUCUCUGGCCGGCUAGGGGCACCGUGUCGCAAUGGGAGCUUCUACCGCUGAUUCUAAUGGCUGCUGGGCUCUUCAGGUGGGCUGCCGGACUAUGGGGCUACUCUGGCUUCGAGAAACCCCCCAUGUUCGGCGACUACGAAGCCCAGAGGCAUUGGAUGGAGAUCACGACACAGCUUCCCGUAUCUCAGUGGUACUUCCACGAUCUGCAGUGGUGGGGCCUCGACUACCCGCCCCUGACGGCCUACCACAGCUGGCUCUGCGGCAAACUCGGCUCCCUCAUCAACCCGUCUUGGUUCGCCCUGUUUUCGUCCCGCGGCUCGCACGACCCGACGCUCAAGAUAUUCAUGAGGGGCACCGUAAUCGUGUCUGAAUAUCUGAUCUACAUCCCUGCCGUCGUCGUUUUCGUGCGCCGCUACAGCAGACUGAGCGGCGUUGCAACCUGGUCUGCCUCGGUUGCCCUCGUCGCUAUCCUGAUGCAGCCCGCCACGAUCCUGAUCGAUCACGUUCACUUCCAGUAUAACACUGUCAUGUUGGGGUUCGUCGUGGCAAGCAUGUCCAGCAUGCUGGCCGGUCGCCAUCUCUGGGCUUCGGUCUUCUUUGUCGCGGCCCUUGGGUUUAAGCAGAUGGCCUUGUACUACGCUUUCUCGGUAUUCGCCUACCUCCUGGGGAGCUCUGUGUUUCCACGUAUCAAUAUUCCCCAUCUCCUCGCGAUCGCGGCAGUCACUGCAGUCUCCUUCCUCAUCCUGAUCCUGCCGCUCGUCGUCGGCACACUCUCUGAUACGAGGCGUGGAAUCGACUCUCGUCCAGAUGUUGACGGCCCUCGUCCUCCCCUGCCGUUGUUCCAAGGUCUUGCCCACUACCUGGACACGGAGGCCUUCAACUACCCAGUGGUCGAGCAAUUGGUCCAGAUGAUCCACCGCAUUUUCCCCUUCGCUCGCGGCUUGUUCGAGGACAAGGUUGCCAACUUUUGGUGCGCCUUGAAUGUCGCCAUCAAACUCAAGAAAUACCCACCCGAGUUACUGCAGCGCGGUGCGUUGCUUGCAACACUGGUGUCAAUCCUUCCUCCCAAUCUUGUUCUUUUCUUCCGACCACGAAAAGACCUGCUGCCAUUGGCUUUCGCCUCGACCGCCUGGGGCUUCUUCCUAUUCAGCUAUCAGGUUCACGAGAAGAGCGUCUUGCUCCCGUUGAUGCCGACGACUUUGUUACUGGCAGGGGGUCACGGCCUCAGCAAGAACAUUCGUGGUUGGGUUGGCUUCGCCAACAUCCUCGGCUGCUGGACCAUGUUUCCGCUGCUGCAACGAGUAGACCUGGCCAUGCCUUAUACGGUGCUCACACUGCUCUGGGCGUAUUUGCUGGGACUACCCCCGACUUCGCUGCGCGUCUAUUUUCACGAGGGCGGCAAUACCUGGAGUCAGUGGCUCACCCUUCUCAUCCAUGGUUCGUUUUACCUGGCAAUGGCCGUUUGGCACGUGCUAGCACACUUCGUUCCUCCGCCGGUAGACAAACCGGACCUCUGGGUGGUUGCCAACGUCGGAGUCGGCGCUGCUGGCUUCUCCCUCUGUUACCUCUGGUGUCUGGCGAGGUUGGCGAUGCUGAGCGAAAUCUUCCCUGGAGCGUGGUUCGCAAAGAAGGAGAAGGCGAAGACGCAAUAA